CCUGCUCGACCCGCCCUUGCAUCUGCUGCUCCGAAGCUUCCUCUGCCGAGACGAUGAGUCGCGUCCAGCACCAGCAGCAGCAACUCCACCACGUUUGCUCCUCCCCGCAGCAGCAACGAUGCGAUGACUGGAUUUUUCUGGAUGUUCCUAGUGAUAUCACCAUUGAUGUAAAUGGGGUGAGAUUUGCUCUGCAUAAGUUUCCACUGGUCACCAGAAGUGGUCGAAUUAGGAAGCUGAUCUCAGAGCACAGGGACGCUGCUGACACUGCAAAGAUCGACCUGCUUACCUUACCUGGGGGCCCUGAGACGUUUCAGCUGGCCGCCAAAUUCUGCUACGGCAUCAACUUCGAGAUCACGACCGCAAAUGUUGCUCAACUUUGCUGCGCGUCCGAUUACCUUGAGAUGACAGAGGAGUAUGCAGAAGGGAACCUGUCGUCCCGUUCCGAAGCUUACCUUGAUGACGUCGUUUGCAGAAGCCUGGAGAUGUGUGUCCAGGUGCUGCAACAGUGUGAAGGCCUCCUUCCCCUGGCCGACGAGCUCAAGAUCGUCAGCAGGUGCACCGACGCCAUCGCCUCCAAGGCAUGCGCGGAGCAGAUCGCCUCGAGCUUUUCGCGCUUGGAGUACAGCUCCGGAAGGCUGCACAUGAACAAGCAGGUCAAGUGCGGCGAGGACUGGUGGAUCGAAGACCUCUCCGUGCUUCGGAUUGACUUGUAUCAGAGAGUCAUCGAGGCCAUGAAGUGCCGAGGAGUUCGUCCGGAGAGCAUCGGAGCCUCGCUCGUGGACUGCGCCGAGAAGCUACUCAAGAGGAAGCCCAUCUUAGGGGCCAGAGCUGGUGCUUCAGCUGAGGCCAUCGAACGCGAGGAGAAGACGGUGAUCGAGACGAUCGCCGGCCUACUGCCGGGAGAGAAGCACACUGUGCCCAUGAGCUUCCUCUUCGGCCUGUUGCGCUCGGCGGUGAUUCUCGACUGUCCCAUGACCUGCAGGCUCAAUCUGGAGAGGAGGAUCGGGUCGCAGCUGGAGAUGGCUACUCUCGACGAUCUCCUGAUACCUUCUUCCCAACAUGCAGGGGAAACAAUGUUCGAUGUCGACGCAGUUCACAGGAUCCUCGUGGUCUUCUCUCAGCAGGACGACAGCGACAACGAUGGCUUGGGCUACGAAGCCGACGGUCCUCGCCCUCUCUCCCAAACUGCGCUGGACAAGGUGGGAAGACUAGUGGACAACUACCUCGCGGAGAUUGCUCCAGAUGCUAACCUCAAGCUUGCCAAGUUCGUGGUCAUCGCCGACGCCUUACCAGGGUAUGCUCGCACCACAGACGAUGGCCUGUAUCGCGCCAUUGAUAUCUACCUCAAGGUGUUUGUUCCCUGCUCCUUUGUUCUUGUCCUGCAUCUUGGAUCUGCAUCUCAUUUCCGUUGGAUCUUUCAGGCUCAUCAGGGGCUACCAGACUUGGAGAGAAAGAGGCUCUGCAAGCUGAUCGACUUCCACAAGCUCUCAGAAGAAGCCAGCGGUCACGCGGCACAGAACGAGAGGCUCCCGCUGCAGGCAAUUGUGCAGGUGCUUUACAUCGAGCAGCUAAGGCUCAGAAACGCAUUGUGCUGCUCCUACUCAGAGGAGGACCAGAAAACAGCUCCCCAGUCGCGAUGCACCAGCAAUGGCGUGUUCAGUGCAGGGCUGUCUCCUCGGGACAACUACGCGUCGCUGAGGAGGGAGAACAGGGAGCUGAAGCUUGAACUGGCCAGGAUGAGGCUUCGGCUGAGCGACCUCGAGAAAGGCCAUGCCUGCAUCAAACAAGAUAUGGAGACGUCCAACUCGCGAAAGCUCAUACUCUCCGUCUCCAAGAGGAUCCGAAAGCUCAAACUUAUUUAGUGGCGCAGCUUCUGAUUUGCCUUCCAGAGUCAGUAGCAAGCCUUGAAUCACACCUCGCCAUUGAUGCACAAACUCAAAGUUUGCCUCUGAGAGAUGAUGAUGUUAGCACUGUAAGUAGUAGUGUAUUGUGAGUUCACAAGCUCUGCCAAUCCUGGUUGGUUCAUUUGUUC